AUGGAAGAAAUGUUUAAGAGAUUAUCUUCGACGAUUUUUGAUGCAUUAUCAUCAGCAAUACAACAGGUGACAUCCGCAAUUAUGUCAGCUACAAAAGCAAUAGCCAGGACAUAUGAUGGUGCCUCCACUUUUACCUGUGCACCACCAAUGCCUGUGCAACCACCAAUAACAACUUUAAAUCCAUCGAACAAAAAUAUCUUGUUCGAUAUAACGCCAACAACAAUGGUCAACAAACCACGUUUUCACCAAAUAUUACACCAACAAAGAAAAUACAACGACAAACAACGUCUAAUUCUAAAUCACCCAGUUCAACAACAAUUAACAACAGGACCAGUACCAAAGGGAGAGCAAGUGAAAACUACUAACGAGAAUAUAUGUAGCUCAUUUUACUCUGCACCGAGGACUGCUGAAAUAGAAUAUUAA